AUGAUUUACUACGCCACUAAGCAAACUAUUGCUAGAAGAAAAGCUCGACACAUCAGAAUGAGAAGACUGCUGAGAAAGAAGCGAUCGCUUUGGGUAAAAAAUGGAAUGACUGACGCCUGGUGGAGAAACAUGAUUGACGGAAUAUCACCGGCAGACGACUGGAAAAGGAAUUUCCGCAUGUCCAGAGAACGGUUGGUGUCACGCUGUAUUAUUUAAAAGAUACUGGGUCUAUCUGGAUGACAGCGAAUACUUUUGGCAUACACCAGUGUACAGUAUCAAAGACUGUCCUUGAAGUUUGUACAGCUAUAUCUACUCAUCUUUCACCUAAAUACAUUCAUCUGCCCAAAACAGAAGAUGAAAUGAGAGCUAAGGUCGCAAAGUUUGAAGCACAAUUUGGCAUGAUACAGCCUUUUGGGAGCAUUGAUGGCACUCACAUUCCAAUUCGAAGACCAGUUGUUGACUCCCAGGAUUACUUCAACUAUAAACAACUUUUUCUCUAUCAGCUAGUGUACAAGCAGUGUGUGAUUUUAAAGGCUAUUUCAUGGAUGUAGAGUGCAGAUGGCCUGAUAGCGUCCAUGAUGCAAAGGUAUUGGGUAAAAUUAACCGAGGUUGUAACCGAGGUAUUAACCGAGGUUGUCCCAAGAAAUAGCCAAAGCCAAAUGCAGAGUGCAGUGUCUGAUGUAGAGAAAUGGAGUAAAAACAACAAACUCCAGUUGAACGAAGACAAGUGUAAGGAAAUGAUAGUUGACUUUAAGAAAGUGAAACAUCAGCUUAAGACCACCAUCAUCAAUUCCAAAGAACUCGAGCUAGUCAGCAGUGCCAAGAUAUUGGGUGUCAUGGUGUCUAACUCACUGGAAUGGAUUGACCAUGUCAACUAUGUCGUGAAGAAAGCUAACAAACGUUUGUAUUUCCUAAUUUUGCUUAGGCGUGCAAGCAUUCCUGCUGACCAUAUCUUAAAAUUUUAUUGUACUUGCAUCAGACCAGUUCUCGAGUAUUGUGCACCUGUAUUCCACCACUCAUUACCUGCAUAUUUAUGUAACGAUCUUGAACGCAUUCAAAAGCGAGCGCUUUCAAUUAUAUCUCCUGGGUCAUCUUAUACGAACAAUCUUAACAAGCAUAAUAUUAGUUCUCUCAAAGACUUUUCAAGACAAUAGUAUCCAACCCAGACCACAAGCUUUAUCAACUACUGCCACCCAAACACAAUCCCACUUACAACCUGAGGAGAGAACGUGCGUUUGAUUGUCCUACUAUACGAACCAAUCGUUUUAGAAACUCUUAUAUUUCCGCAAUGUCAAAUAAUUUAAAGAAAUAGGUUUGCUAUGAAUUGUUUUCAUAACUUAAGUCUAACUUGAACCUUAAAGAUCGUAAUGUAUAUGUAUGAAAAUAUGUGUACUGUUAGUAUUUGUAUGUGUGUAUAUGUAUAUAUAUAUGCAUGUGUCUAUAGACUUUUUAUAACCUACAGUUAAUUUAUAUGUUUUGUAAAUUUUACGCAAUUCAGCUUUUUGGGCUGCGAUGUAAAAUCUUAUUAAAUAAUCUAUAAUCUAUAAUCUAUUUUCAAAUUAUUUUGUAAAGAAUAAGUUACAAUCUGGAGAGCUACCACAAACCUUCAACAAUCUACUACCUGGUCACAACAAGAUUCCAAAUUAUGUUAUUGGUGACCCUGCUUAUCCUUUAACACCACAUUGUAUGAAAGAAUUUCAAUCAUGCAAGACUGAUGCUGAAGUGACUUUUAAUAACAUGUUGAGGUCUGCCCGAAACCCAAUAGAGUGCGUAUUUGGUCGUUUGAAAGCGUGGUGGUCGAUUCUUACAAGAAAAAUGGACCUAAAACUUGAAACAAUUCCAAAAGUUGUUUUAUCAUGUUUUGUACUCCAUAACUUUUGUGAACUUCAUAAUGAUACCAUUGAUGAAAAACUUGUGAGAAGUCAAGUUGCAAGAAACAGAUCGAUGGAGACUGAAUACCAAAAUGUUCCUGAUCCAGUUUAUUCUUGCACUACCGGGGAAGGUGAAGCUAUAUAA